CUGCCGCCGGCCCAGGCUCCCGCGCGCCGCCCUUGUUUGCAGAAGCCAGCCACGAUGUUCCAGACCUUCAUAAAAAAUGUUUGGACUCCAUUGAAGCCCUAUUAUACCCAGGUUUACCAGGAGAUCUGGGUAGGAAUGGGUGUGAUGGGGUACAUUGUUUACAAAAUCAGAAGUGCUGAUAAAAAAGCCAAAGCUUUGAAAGGUUCGGGUUCAGCUGCUUCAGCUCAUGGACAUCAUUAACAGGAUUUACCUUAGGAUUGUGCAUAAUGUGAAACAUCAGGCUGGCUGUAAAUUUGGGCAUUUGACGAUAGAAGAAAGAAUGCAAGGAUUUCCCAUAUUAACUCUUAGGCUUUCACAGUGAAAUAAAGUCAUAUAUAGACAAAUAAAUUAUUGUGUUCCAAUUGAAUUAAGAUAUCCCUUUUUUAUCUGGUUCGCACAACUUUAAUCUCUGUAUACAUUGCAAAUCCAACAUUUGUUUUGUAAUGUAUCUGGUGGAUUAAAUGUAAUAACCGCUAAAAUAAAAUGAUUAAAAUUUUUGGAAA